GUGCGCGUUGUCUGAGUUUUCCGCCGGCAACUUGCAGGAGACGGAGAACAGCAUACACACACAUACACACACACGUACACACACAUAGACAUAUCCAGAGACACACCGAGGAUGAGAGAGAUUGUCCACAUUCAAGCCGGCCAGUGCGGCAACCAGAUCGGAGCCAAGUUCUGGGAGGUGAUCAGUGAUGAACAUGGCAUUGAUCCCACUGGAAACUACGUGGGUGACUCAGAUCUCCAGCUGGAGAGGAUCAGCGUUUACUACAAUGAAGCUUCCUCCACCAAAUAUGUCCCCAGAGCCAUCCUGGUGGAUCUUGAGCCAGGCACCAUGGACAGCGUACGAUCUGGAGCCUUUGGCCAUCUCUUCAGACCUGAUAACUUCAUUUUUGGUCAGAGUGGAGCGGGCAACAACUGGGCGAAAGGCCACUAUACAGAAGGAGCAGAACUAGUGGACUCCGUCCUAGAUGUUGUGCGGAAGGAAUGCGAGAACUGUGACUGCCUUCAGGGUUUCCAGCUCACCCACUCACUCGGAGGGGGUACUGGAUCUGGCAUGGGAACGCUGCUGAUCAGCAAAGUGAGAGAAGAAUAUCCUGACCGCAUCAUGAACACCUUCAGCGUGGUGCCUUCCCCUAAAGUGUCUGACACAGUGGUGGAGCCUUACAACGCCACCCUGUCUAUCCAUCAGCUGGUCGAAAACACAGAUGAGACGUACUGCAUUGAUAACGAAGCUCUAUACGAUAUUUGCUUCCGCACACUCAAGCUGGCCACACCCACUUACGGUGACCUCAACCAUCUGGUCUCGGCUACCAUGAGUGGCGUCACGACAUCCCUGCGUUUCCCAGGCCAGCUGAACGCUGACCUGCGCAAACUUGCUGUCAACAUGGUCCCCUUCCCUCGCCUGCACUUCUUCAUGCCUGGAUUCGCUCCUCUGACAGCACGUGGCAGUCAACAGUACCGUGCUCUUACUGUCCCUGAGCUCACACAGCAGAUGUUUGACGCCAAAAACAUGAUGGCCGCUUGCGAUCCACGUCACGGCCGCUACCUCACAGUGGCCACCGUCUUCCGAGGCCGCAUGUCCAUGAAAGAAGUGGAUGAGCAAAUGCUGGCCAUCCAGAGCAAGAACAGCAGCUAUUUUGUCGAAUGGAUCCCCAACAACGUGAAGGUUGCUGUGUGCGACAUUCCACCAAGGGGGCUCAAGAUGUCCUCCACCUUUAUCGGGAACAGCACGGCCAUCCAAGAGCUGUUCAAGCGCAUCUCCGAGCAGUUCACAGCCAUGUUUAGGCGUAAGGCUUUCUUGCAUUGGUACACUGGUGAAGGCAUGGACGAGAUGGAGUUCACAGAGGCAGAAAGCAACAUGAACGACCUGGUCUCCGAGUACCAGCAGUACCAGGACGCCACAGCUGAGGAAGAAGGAGAGAUGUAUGAAGAUGACGAGGAGGAGUCAGAGGCCCAGAUUCAGAAGUAAACGCUCAGUAAUAUACAACAACCCUUCUUUAAAAAAAACAAUCACUUAUCACGCUGCCGGCUAAAAUAUCUUAAUCUUUCACUUCUUAACAGGUAGAUUAACCUUCAUGUUAACCAUUUGUGCCAGUUACAGCAGAAAGAAAGUCCUUUUACUGUGCCAUAACAGCUUCUUGAUGGUACUGUAUCUGUUGUAUAGUGUUGUUCACUGACCAAUCCUAAAUAAACCAGUAUUUCAAGUGGACUUCA